UCAGUUCAGCAGCCCUGCAGAAGACAUGUCCUCUAAGGGCUGGAAGGCUGUGGUAGACACCAACCUGACAGGAACCUUCCACUGCUGCAAGGAGGUCUACACAGCAUGGAUGAAGGAGCACGGAGGCGCCAUCGUCAGCAUCAUCGCCAAUAUGUGGAACGGCUUUCCGGGCAUGGCCCACACAGGAGCAGCGAGGGCAGCGGUGGAUAACUUAACUAAGAGCCUCGCCAUCGAGUGGGCAGCCUCGGGGGUCCGAAUCAACGCUGUUGCACCUGGUACAAUCUUUUCCAAAACAGCGAUGGAGAACUAUAAAGAGUACGGACCACAUCUUUUCAAGAUGUCCGUUCCAUUCACUCCUGCGAAGAGGCUGGGAGUGCCCGAAGAGGUCUCAUCUGCAGUGUGUUUCCUGCUCUCUCCUGCUGCUUCCUACAUUUCUGGAGCCACGUUGAAGGUCGAUGCAGGACAAAGUUUGUAUAAGUCCAUGUGGGAGAUACCGAACCACAGUGCAUGGCCUGAAGCUCCAGAGGGGGAGAACCUGGAUGCUCUGAAUGAACUCGUCGUCCCAAAAUGCAAACUUUGAUUCACUCAUCGGAUGCGCGAGAGCACAAAAUCCCCACGCCAAAAGGCAUCGUGGACUCUGAGCCACAAACACUGUUAAGCACACCGUGCUGGCCUGGUUAGAAAGUCUGUAUUUGUAGUGUGUGACUGAUUGUUAAGAAUUUGCACGUAAUUGUAUGUAAUUAAUAGUACGAGAAGUGUCCAGAAGUAAAGAUUUGUAACAUGCAACUUUUGAAAUGUACAUAUCAUUUUUCUCUCCAAUUCUGUCAACAAGUCUGUGAGUAAAAUUUAAUAAAACUGUAAAAC